CUAUGUAGGUUUCUUCUUUGUGCAUAUACAUCUGGAUUAGCAACUGCUGCUCCUAAAGAUAAAGGAAAUUUGGAACUUAAAUUGUAUACUGUAGAAGCUAUUAUAAUGAGAAAUUACAUUUCCAAAGUCUUUGUAAGUUGCCAAGACAAAAUAGAUUUAUUGACUCCAGCUCAAGGUCAGUCUCUUCUGUUGAUGGCUGAUUAUCUUUUCAAAGAAUUUCAGAUGCCAGUGGAGAGCUUAUAUUCUGCUCUGGGAUGUGAAACACCUGUGGAUGCAGAAUCUUUACCAGCUAGAGAAAUAUGUCGUAUUUGUAAAAGUGAAGUAAAGCUGGACAAUAUAAAAGUAGGUCAGUGUGCAAAAAAUCAUAUGUUUGCUAGAUGUUGCCAAUCUUUAUUACUUUGCGAUAUCAUUCCUUAUUUUCAGUGUGCAUCUUGUAAGAGUGUAGCUUUACAGGAUGUAUGGAGUUUUGGUUUAGCUUGCACUUACUGCGGCAUGCCUAUGACUUGAGAUACCACAGUAAUUAUUUAUAUCAUAGUGUAUAUAUCAUUCAUAAUUAAUUAUAUUGUUACUCAUUUAUUGUAUAUAAUGCAUUAAAAUGUUUGAAACACAACCUGUUAUUUUUUAAAAAGUAAAAUAGCAAUCAAGUUGAUUAGUUAAAAAGGGCAAAGUUUAAGAGGUGUAUUUACAAUAAAAGCAUUUCAUUGAAGGCCAAGAGAAGUUUUCUUUUUGAUUUAGAUGAAGAAUUCAAAGAUCGUAUCUAGAAUUAUUUUUAUGCCUUCAAAAUAGUACUAAUAAUAAUGACAUUAGUUCUGAAGUUGAAUUUUAGAUAAUUAAAUCAGAAAACCAGCACAAGGAUCUAUGCUGAAAAGUAGAAUCUAUAAUCAGAAUGCAGAAAUUAUGGUAAAUAAAGCUGAAUUGUCUAAAAAAGGGAUCAAGAAUUCCAUUAUAAAAGAAAUGCUACAUUAUGAUAUGAUGAAGUAUGGUUUGAAAAACAAAAUAACUGCAGUCAUAAGUUGCAAUACAGGAAAUACUAGGAAAGAGAAAAAAUUAAAUGGGGGUAGAGGUGAUACAUACCCAUUACUAACAGUAAAAAUGCUUCUUAUAUUUGAAAAUCAACUUGUACAUUGAUGCCAAAAGAAAAUCAGAAUAUUUUAACUAUUAGAUAGAAUGUAUAAAAAUAUGAAUAUUUGAUAAACUGUUAAAGAGUUAUUGUAAGACAUUUUAUUACUGUGCAGUCUGUAUUCAUUCCAGAUGCAGAAAAGAAAGAUUACAUUAAAAAAAUAUUAUAUGCAUCUUUAUCACCUCUUAUUUGUAUAGCAGUAUGUCAUUUCGAUCAAAAUAAAGUUUCAUUUAU